CUGCAAGAGAGCAUCGUUCAGACGUCAUUCAUCGCACUUUUCUCCGUCUCAAAUCAAAGCAUCAUUGUUCCGGUAAAGAUUCCCCUUAAACGAAUCUCAUGUUUUCAAUUGGGCGUGUAUGGAUUUCAUUUCGUUUCGGAUUUUCUGCUAACUGCUGUGAUUGCCUGGAAUAAUCGGAUCGCGAUGUUUGUGAUUUGAUCUUUUUCGGUAUAUUCAGGUGAUUUUUCCCCCUAUUUUUGGGGGCAAAUUACAGCGGUUGAUGGGGAAAGGAGGCCAGGGCGCUGGGAAGAAAACAAGUUUAGAUGAUAGAAUGGCGUCAGAGAAUGGAGUAUUUCCAGCAUGGGCGAAGGAUGCCAAUGACUGCUUGGAGAAAUUUCAGGUGAACCAGGACAAGGGCUUGUCCAGUGAGGAAGCCUCCAAGAGGAGGCAAGUCCAUGGUCCGAAUGAAUUGGAGAGGCACGAAGGCCCGUCGAUUUUCAGAUUGAUUUUGGAUCAGUUCAACGACACUUUGGUGAGGAUUUUGCUGGCCGCUGCUGUGAUUUCAUUUGUAUUGGCUUGGUAUGAUGGGGAUGAAGGUGGCGAGAUGGAGAUUACAGCAUUCGUGGAGCCUCUCGUGAUCUUUUUGAUCUUGAUAGUUAAUGCCAUAGUUGGGGUUUGGCAAGAGAAUAAUGCUGAAAAAGCUCUGGAAGCUCUGAAGGAAAUUCAAUCUGAUCAUGCCACCAUAAUCCGUGAUGGAAUCAAAACAUCUAACUUGGCUGCAAAGGAGCUUGUUCCAGGCGAUAUUGUUGAGUUGAAAGUAGGAGACAAAGUACCAGCCGACAUGAGGGUAUUGCGAUUAAUCAGCUCAACCCUUCGUGUUGAACAGGGGUCUUUGACGGGAGAGAGUGAAGCUGUCAGUAAGACCACAAAGGCUGUUGCAGAAGAUGCUGAUAUUCAGGGGAAGAAAUGCAUGGUCUUUGCUGGCACAACAGUUGUGAAUGGUAAUUGCAUUUGUUUGGUUACUCUUACUGGGAUGAGGACCGAAAUUGGAAAGGUUCACUUGCAGAUCCAUGAAGCAUCACAGUGUGAGAAUGAUACACCAUUAAAGAAAAAGCUGAAUGAGUUUGGAGAGGUUUUAACGGCCAUCAUUGGAGCAAUCUGUGCUCUCGUAUGGCUUAUUAAUGUGAAAUACUUCCUUUCUUGGGAGUUUGUUGAUGGAUGGCCUAGGAAUUUCAAGUUUUCAUUUGAGAAGUGUACUUACUACUUUGAAAUUGCAGUGGCAUUGGCUGUUGCUGCCAUUCCUGAAGGUUUACCAGCUGUCAUUACAACUUGUUUGGCACUUGGCACACGUAAGAUGGCUGCUAAAAAUGCCCUUGUUCGCAAGUUGCCCAGUGUUGAAACACUAGGUUGUACAACAGUUAUUUGCUCUGAUAAAACGGGGACUUUGACUACCAAUCAGAUGGCUGUAGCUAAACUCGUUUCCAUGGGUUCAAAGUCAAGUGCUCUGCGAUCAUUCAAUGUGGAGGGGACUACGUAUAACCCUUUUGAUGGGAAAAUACAAGAUUGGCCUUCCCGUGAAAUGGAUUCCAACCUUCAGAUGAUCGCAAAGAUUGCUGCUCUGUGCAAUGAUUCUGGUGUUGAAAAAUCUGGGCUGCACUAUGUUGCUACUGGAUUGCCAACUGAGGCAGCAUUAAAGGUUCUGGUUGAGAAGAUGGGGCUACCGGUUGGACUGGAUUCUAGUUCUUCUACAAGUCAUGGUGAUGCCUCAUGUUGCUCGUCUGCAUGGAACAAUAUUGAACGGCGCAUUGGUACUCUUGAAUUUGACCGUGAUAGGAAGUCAAUGUCUGUUAUUGUGAGCUCCAGCUCUGGGAAAAAGUCAUUGUUCGUGAAGGGUGCAGUUGAGAAUUUGUUAGAAAGAAGUACUCAUAUGCAAUUGAUGGAUGGUUCUGUUGUAGAACUUGAUCACAAUUCGAAAGAUCUAAUUUUGAAAAGCCUCAUUGAUAUGUCCUCUAAAGCAUUACGUGUCCUUGGUUUUGCAUAUAAGGACAAUCCACCUCAAUUUGAAACAUAUAAUGGCCAUGAGGAUCACCCUGGUCAUGCUCUAUUACUAGAUCCCGCUAAUUACCCUUCCAUUGAGAGCAAUCUUAUAUUUGCUGGAAUGGCUGGGAUAAGGGACCCCCCUAGGCCAGAGGUACACCAAGCUAUUGAGGAUUGUAGAGAGGCAGGGAUUCGCGUGAUGGUAAUUACAGGUGACAACAAGAAUACAGCUGAGGCUAUUUGCCGUGAGAUUGGCGUUUUUGGAUACAAUGAGGAUUUCAAUUCUCGGAGCUUGACUGGAAAAGAGUUCAUGGAACUUCGUGACCCAAAAUCACAUCUAAGACAAAAUGGAGGGCUUUUGUUUUCUAGAGCAGAGCCAAGACACAAACAAGAGAUAGUGAGACUGCUCAAAGAAGACGGUGAGGUGGUUGCAAUGACCGGGGAUGGAGUGAACGAUGCACCUGCCUUAAAGCUGGCCGAUAUUGGGAUUGCUAUGGGCAUUACUGGAACUGAGGUAGCAAAGGAAGCAUCUGACAUGGUUUUGGCCGAUGAUAAUUUCAGCACAAUUGUGGCUGCUGUUGGUGAAGGCAGGUCCAUUUACAACAACAUGAAAGCCUUCAUCAGGUAUAUGAUUUCAUCAAACAUGGGAGAGGUUGCUUCUAUCUUCCUUACAGCCGCGCUAGGUAUUCCUGAGGGCUUGAUCCCAGUUCAGCUUCUUUGGGUCAACCUGGUUACUGAUGGACCCCCGGCAACGGCAUUGGGUUUCAAUCCUCCAGACAAAGAUAUAAUGAAGAAACCACCCAGGAGAAGUGAAGACUCACUCAUCGAUACCUGGAUACUGUUCCGCUAUCUGGUGAUUGGUUCUUAUGUCGGUCUUGCAACAGUUGGAAUCUUUAUUAUAUGGUUCACCCAUCAUUCUUUCCUUGGCAUCGACUUAAGUGGGGAUGGUCACAGCCUGGUGACCUACUCCCAACUCUCAAACUGGGGGCAGUGCAGUUCUUGGAAGAAUUUCACCGCUUCCCCAUUCACAGCAGGGUCUCAGGUUUACAGCUUCAACGACAAUCCAUGCGAUUACUUCCAGACUGGUAAAAUCAAGGCCAUGACGCUGUCGCUCUCCGUACUGGUUGCCAUUGAGAUGUUCAAUUCCCUGAAUGCCCUUUCGGAGGACGGAAGUCUCUUAACCAUGCCCCCUUGGGUCAACCCAUGGCUUCUAGUGGCCAUGUCUAUUUCCUUCGGCUUGCACUUCUUGAUCCUUUACGUGCCUUUCCUAGCUCAAGUCUUUGGAAUCGUUCCGCUUAGCCUGAACGAGUGGUUGCUGGUGCUGGUGGUCGCAUUGCCUGUCAUAUUGAUAGACGAGGUUCUCAAGUUUGUGGGUAGGAGGAUGAGUGCUCGGACAAGGGGGAUGAAACCCGAGAAGCACAAGGCAGAAUAAAAAUCUGAUAAGAUCCCGACAUUGUUUGGAUUCACUAGACAUUUGUAAUGCUUUCAGAAGAUAGGAUUCAUUUAGAAGACUUGAAAAAAAACACAUUUCCUCCCAAAGAAAAUCACCCAACAGUUGGGGGGUUGAUCAUUAGGUUAUAUAAUUGGGCAUAAACCGCAUCAUAUUUAUUAAAAUACCUUUGCAGAA